AUGCCUGUGUCGAUUGGCGACGAGUAUUACUCGUACUCGCCGCGGCCCUUUGUCGUGGCGUCGGCUGCAGUUGCCCCUCCUGCCGUCUCGUCCCCGGUGCCAGCGGCUGUGGGGAUGCCACCUCUUCCUGCCCCGUCGUCCGUGACUCAGGCCGGCCAUGUCCUCGCGCCUGCUCCGCCGUCUGUUCCCGCCGUUGCGGCGUUGUCAGCGCCUGUAGUGGCGCCUGGUGAUGCGCCUGCGUUAUUGCCUACUCCCGCGCUCGCCUCGGCGUCCGUUCCUGUGCCUGCCCCUGGGCCAGCUGCGGCGUCUGAUCCUGCGCCCUCUCAUGCGCCUGCGCCUGUGGUUCCUCCUGCUCCCGUGGGCGUGGCGGCGCCCGUGCCUGUGGUUGCGGCAUCGUCUGCUGCUGCUGGUGCGGACCCGUCCUACCAGCCACCUCCAGCCACCAGCGCCGGCCCGAGCUCGGCGGAGGUUCAGUCUGCUCGCGGGACGCCUCCGGAUGCUCCUGCCUUUCCGCCUGCGGCGGCGACAGUGCCGCCUCCGACCGUACAGGCGGGUCCUGCUCCCGCACCCCUUGCUCCUGAUCCUCCUGCCCAGCGUCCUGCGUCCCCGGGCCGCCGGCAGCAUCGGCCGCAAUCCCCUGUACCGCGUGACGAGCGAGAGACGUCACGGCGGCGUCAUGAUUCACCUCGCCGCCGUGGUUCCCAGGCGAACCGGGCUGCACCACGUGGCGGCCGAGGGGGCUGGUGGGGAGGGCGUGGUCACAGUGGCGGGUGGGUGUACGAUCAGCCGGUGACAAUGGCCGACUUGCAGCGGGUUGUGUCUGACGCGAUGCGCGAGGAGCGGAACGGGCGGGCGAGCCUGAGCAGUUCGCCGCGCCAUGCUCCUGCGCCGAUGUCUCAUCCUCCGCCUGCGCCCUAUGCGCCCGCUCCUCCUCUUCCCUCGACUGCCGCUCCUCCUCCUCGUGCUCACGCUGCGUCCGCUGCUGCUCAUGGGAACCGCCUCCGGCUGCCGUGGGUUCCUCCUGUGGCGGGCGUGGAGUUUGUGACUGCGGGCGGGGGACCAGUGACGCCGCAGUAUCCGUCCCUGCUGCCCGUCGCUCCUGAUCCUCCGGCUGCUGAUCUGCCGGUACACUCGCUGGUGGGGCCUUCUCCUAGCGGAUGCGGCCCUCUGGACGAGUGCUCGGAUGCCGCUGACCGGCUUGCCGAGCUCCUUGCGCUUGUGUUGGCUGCGCCCGCGCGGGGUGGAGUUGCGGGCGUUGGACAGCUUGGGACUGCGCUUCGUGGGCUGCGCCGGGCGAUGCGCGCAGCGACUGCAGUCGACCUGAUCGGCGCAACCACUGUGGUGGUGCGCGAGCUUCAUCGCUCGCUGACGGGUCUUCUCGCCGUCCUUGACGCGGAUCAGAUGUAG